CAGAGAGUGAUUCGAUCGUUUUCUACUGGGCGCGCAUGCGCAGAGCAUCGCAAAACCUCCGUAGGUUAUGUACAGGAAACAGAAUUAAGCGGUUCUUACUUAAUGACUCUUCUACUCCGAGUCGUUCGUUCUUUUGUCACGUGACUCCCACAGGCGCUAUGCAGUGCAAUAAAUUCAAAAGAACGAACGACUCGGACAAAGAUAUGAUGGUGAGCUUGACUGCAUUGUAAUAUUUUAUUACUGGAACUAUAGCUAAAAUUUGUGUAUGUAGACGAAUUGGGGGUCUUUUUAUUGAAAAUGCAACAUUUCGUUUUAUUUCUAAUUAAAAGAACGAAAUGACUAAAAAAAAAAGAUUCGUUCAUUUAGAGAAUGAGGAGAUUUAAAGAACCGAGUCACUAAAAUGAUUCAAAUUUCCCAUCACUAUUAAACCUGACUUGAUGAUUCUUAGAUUCACAUUUCGCAAUCGACUCGCAAAAAAAAAGAAUCGAUUAUAAGGAACCGAUUCCUUGGUAAAUCGCUCUUCAGUACCGGACAGUUCACGCGCCGCUGUGCAGCAGACCUCUCUCUCUCUUUCUCUGUGUGUUUCUGUCUCUCUCUUUCUCUGCAUCCUGGACGGAGGACACACCGCUGGAAAACCACUGGAAACAUCACCGCCAGCAUGGAGCUGAUUAAUGAGUGGUUGUGGAGGCAGGAGUACUGGCUUCCCCCUGGAAUCAGCUGGAAGGAUUUGGAGCAAAUCAAGGACUCUCCAAUGCCCCGGGACCUGCUCAUCUCGUUACCCCUGGCAAUGGCGUUCAUAGGCCUGAGAAAGGUUUUUGAGAGGAGCAUAGCCGUUCCUCUGAGCAGACACCUAGGGGUGAAAGAUAAGGCGCGCUUAUCAGCCUCACCUGCCCCAAGCCUGGAGGUUUUUUACACCAAACACAACAGACAACCUGCACCGCAUGAGCUCAACAGUCUGGUGAAGCAAAGCGGUCUAACGCAGAAACAAAUUGAGAUCUGGUUCCGUCACCGUCGAAAUCAGGACAGACCCAGCAACACUAAGAAGUUCUGUGAAGCAAGUUGGAGGUUUCUCUUCUACUUGAUAUCGUUCACUGGUGGACUCGCAUCGCUAAUCAAUACACCUUGGUUUUGGGAGCAGAAGGAGUGCUGGAAGGGAUAUCCCCAACAACGUGUGGAGAAUGAGCAUUACUGGUACUACAUGCUGGAGCUGGGCUUCUACUGGUCCCUGCUGCUCUGUGUCUCAGUGGACAUCAAGAGAAAGGAUUUUAAAGAGCAGAUCGUUCACCACAUCGCCACCAUUUUUCUGCUCGGGUUCUCCUACUGCGCCAACUACAUCCGUGUCGGCACUCUCGUCAUGCUCGUCCAUGACUCCUCUGACUUCCUGCUAGAGUCGGCAAAAAUGUUCAACUACGCAGGCUGGAAAAAAACCUGCGACUUGCUUUUUGUGGCGUUCGCCCUGGUCUUCCUGGUCACACGUCUGGUUGUGUUUCCAAGCAAGAUUAUAUACACCACCCUGAUCUCAUCGAUGGAGGUCUUCCAGCCGUUUGUGGGGUAUUAUUUCUUUAAUGCUCUGCUGCUAGUGCUGCAGUUCCUGCACAUCUUCUGGGCUUGGCUCAUACUGCGCAUGAUCUACAAGUUCCUCUUUCUAGGCAAGUUGGAAAAAGAUGAACGCAGUGAUGAUGAAAGCGAAGCAGAAGAGGAGGGAGAAGAAGAUGGAGAUGAAGAGGAGGAUCAAGCCUCAUGGAGAAAGAGGAAAGUGGUCCUCGAUUCCAAACUGGCCAUGAUGACGUCUAGUUGUGUUUUAAACAACUUGGCUAAUCAGAGAGUUAAUGCGAGCAGCAGAACACCCAAAGCAAGAUAGCGUCUUAUCUAGAGAGCGAAAGUGCGGAGGUUGUUCUUAUUGAUAUCUUUACUUUUACAUUAAAAAUAAAACAUUUGCAGGAUUUAUCAGUUUGGAUAAAACAUAAAAAAAAACACUGCUGUGAAACAGUGCUAUAAAACACUGCUACUGAUUGUCAGAUUCUGCGUAUGUUAAAAAGUUCACUACACCUUUGGCUUUGAUGCUAGUCUCACACACCUAAAGCUAUGGACUGGACCUUUAGGCUGCUGGAAUCUCACUUCACUCGAUGUUCCAGUGUUUUCCUGCUUUUACAAGACAGAUUCUUAAGUAGCUGCUCAACUGAUCUAUUAAAUGUGGAAAAGCACUAAAAUGUGUAAAACAGCAAGAUUUAUUGAAACAGAAUUGUGAAACUUUUUUUUACCUAAUAAACACAAAAUAUAAACAAAAGAAUAGAUUGCCUUUCUUAACUAUACUAUUAAUCAGAGGGCAAAUAAUACAAUA